GGAAAAACAUAGAAAAGAAGACCGUCAUAAAGUGACGUUAAAGAAAAAGAAAAACAAAACCAAGCUUUAAAAGCAUACAAGAAAACGCCCCACACUAGAGGAGCUUUCUUGCACAUCUCAGAGUUGCACCCACUGUUUAGGAUGGACAUUGAAAUGGACCCAUGACCCUGAGCCUAGCUAGAGACAGAGCCUUUGUUUCAAAUAACGGUUAGAAGGAGGAGCCUGCUAUGGUGGGUUUCUUUUUUUCUCUUGCGGAGUGAGAGGAAGCUGAAGGUGUGAAGCACAAGAGUGAACUAGAAGAGCAAGAGAAGAGAACAAGAAACUAAAAACACAAAAAGAAACUUUAGGGUUGUUGUGGGAAAUGGGUGAAUCCGCUUGUCUUGUAAGACCGUUUUCUAAUCCUGCAGAUAUUUCUCUUGAAGCUAAAGAGGGUGAUCCGAUUCGUGCUCUCACCGAAUCAGUAUCUUUCGGUAGAUUUAUGUCAGAAUCGCUGGCGUGGGAGAAAUGGUCAACCUUCUCUCACAAUCGUUACUUGGAAGAAGUCGAAAAGUUUUCAAAGCCAGGUUCUGUUGCCCAGAAGAAAGCUUUUUUUGAAGCUCAUUACAAGAGAAGAGCUGCAAUGAGAGCAGCUGCCUUGCUGGAGCAAGCAAAUACUGUUUCCAAUGGUGUCUCUCAAACGGGAACUAUCAAUGCAGCUUCGAUGGACUCUUCCUUAAAUACAGAUUCAGCCAAUGCAAACGCCUCUGUGGCUAUGGAUGAACAACAGGAGAAAGAUGUUUCUGAUGCUGAGGUAGCUAAUACUGCUGAUGUAGAUGCAGGCAAUCUUAAUGUUGGAAGAGGUAAUAUGGAUGUUGCUAACUGGGACAGAGGUCAGGCAGUAAUGGACCAAGAUGUGAAUGUGGAGAACAACACCCAUGUUGGAAAUUCAAAUGCUCUUGAAAAUGUUGACAAUACCCAUGUUGACCAUGGCAUGAUAAUGGUCACCCCAGACAAGAAGAUGUUCCUUAAGGAACGUACUGAUCAGAAGAACUCAACUUCAUCAAGCAAGAAAAGGCGAACAAAUUCUUUGUCGAAGUCAUCAACUCCCUGCAGAGCCUCCAAACUUCCAUUACAUCCUUCCAAACGAGUGGCUUCAGCACAAGCCAGGAGUGAUACUGGUGUUGAUAAAUCCACCGGAAACUCAAUUGACAAGAAGAAAACAAUUCCAAACUCGCUCCACAUAUCAAUCAAUUUUGCUUCUGGUGCCAGUAAAACUAGUAAAACAUCACUCAGAAUGCCGAAAGAUAGUUCAACUCCUCUACAAACCCCAACCAGGGCAUUAAGGAAAGCUGCUGAUCAAGAGAAUUUAGCUCCAUCAAUUGAAAAAUCAAAUUCCGCAUCAAAGUUAUCCAAUCAUGGUGGAGUAUCCAAACAAGCAACUUCAAGAAUUGGGUAUAACCAUGCUCUUAUUAGUAGGAAGUCUGCAGUAAACUCAGAUGAGCAAAAGAGAGUAGUUCAAAAAUCCCUUCACAUGUCUAUGAAUUUCACUCCUCAUGCUAGUGAAACCAAUAAAACAUCACUCAAGAUACCAAGGGACAAUUCGACUCCACAACAAACUCCAACCAGGGCAUCUGUUAAUGGGUGUUCAAGGAAUCCUUCAAAAGAUCUUCAGUCACAAGAUAAAAGGACUAGAGCAGUACUCAAUAAGUCAGUUUCAGGAGGGGUAACAGGAGAUGGGAGAUGGCCCUCCCUCUCCAACUGUUCCAAAUCUUCAAGUGCAAGUGGAACUAGUACGCGAUCAACUAUCAGUUCCUCUCCAUUUACUUUCAGGAGCGAAGAAAGGGCAGCAAAACGGAAAGAGUUCUUUGAGAAGCUAGAAGAUAAAAUGAAUUCAAAGGAGGCAGAAAAAUCACAAAUGCAAACACGAUCAAAGAUUGUUUCGAGUUGGUCUCAAUCACCAAAAUUUGGAAGAAAGCCAUCUCCCAGUACAGCGCAGGAGACAAACUCCAGACCUCCAAGGAGGCCUUCCAUCAAUACUAAAAGCUCUAAGCGUGUAUUAAUGAAUAAUAACAGGAUAGCUUGUUCCGUGACCUCAUUGCCAAAGAACAGACAUGAAAAUGCUUCCCCAAAUAUCCAGCAUUCAGUAGGCAAAGAGAGUAUUUCAUACAGGCGUGACCGUGGAGGAUCUAUUGCUGGUGGAUGCAGCCACUGACCUUUUCUUAAUUGAUUUAGUAAUGACAUUAUAGAAAUUGAAAAAUACUGUUAUAAUGGAAGAUAGUACUAAGUGCCUGUCUGUAUACAUGUUUUGUGGCUUUGGAUGUAUCUGGGUUUAUGUUAGUUCUCUGUGCCAAAUUUGUAUGAAAUGAAACGAAUGAACAUGAUGAACCUUGUGAAUUGUUAUCA